GGAGGAAAGGUUUCAUAAUGUCCAGUGCGUGAGACGGUAGCAAGUGGAGUGGUACGUUACUGUUGCGUGGUUACCCUCUCCCACCCUCUCAUUCACUCGCUCGAUUGGAAAGCACACGAUUCCGAUAAUAGUAAAUGAUGUGUGAUGAUUGAUACUUUGUCGUAACUUAUGUAUUGGAAGGAAAACAAUGAUAUACAGUCCAAUAAUAGUAAAUAUGUGUGGUCACUGAUGGUUUGUUAGAAGGUAAAUGUGAAAAUGGAAGUAAUUACCGGCAGUGUGAUGAGAUGGAGAGACGAAAUGAUAACUAUUGCUUGGUGCGUGGCUGUCACUGUGUGCUCAACUAAUUAAUAACGCAGAAAACGAUGGAAUUUUGGUGUUUAAUCACAGUUCUCUUGGUAACGUUAACUGCCGGGAGGACCCUAAAGAAUCCAGAGAUACCUGUCUACUCUGCCAGAUACUCCAAACAAUUGGCAGAACUAACCACAACCACCACCACUACCACCGUGCCUCCCUUCACUCCCUCACCCGCCGCCCAGUUGACUAGCUUGCCGAAUUUCUACCAGAGCGAGUCUCAAGGGAAGGAGCGGUCGUAUGAUUCAUCUUUUAGGAGACUAGGGAAGUACAGUAACGUGUUUGGGUCUGCGAAUGCCAAUACUCGACUAGCGGAUACUACGCAUGCCUUUAUUGACGUAAUGAAAGUAAAACAACCCAAUGCCGUCUCAGAAACAAGUGAACAUCCACCAACGGCAGCUGUAGUGGAUAUUGCAGACUAUAAUAAUAACGUCACGCGCAUAAAUAAGACCCUCAGUGGACGUAUAGGCGAAACUAACACACUAGCAAGCUUUCCCGGUGGCUUCAGGUACAGUAAUGUGAGUCUGGCAGGAGGUGAAUCGAGAAGUAGAUUGUCAGGAGCGCCAACAAGCAGAACCAAGAAGUUUCGUCGGAGAGGGAAAGCCAUCGGAAGAUUCACUGGGUUAUCUCGGCCUGUGAGUCUCUUACCACCUGGCCAGAGGAGAGAACCAGUAAAGCAAAUCGCACUUUACAAUAUUCCGGGCAGCCACAGCACUCUAACCCCGAAUAUUCGCGCUAGAAAGGCAAAAAUAAGAUUCACCCGGAAGAGAAUGCCAAGUAAAGAAAACGGACAUCACCAGGAGUUAGUUGAGCCAGUGAGUGUGACAAAGCGUCCGCUCUCCCUCACUCCUUUCACUUUCCACCCGCAGCACAUCGCAGACAUGGUGGAAUUUGGAAGGAAGAACAUGAAGACCGUAGAGGAGCUAUCUCAAUAUACAGAAAACAAGGAAAACAACACACACUACCCCAAACAGAUGUUGAAAUUCUUAGGUCCAACACUAGAAAUUCGAAAAUACACGAUAUCUGACAACCUCCCGCACACAGUUAUCGUGCGGCAUAAAGGCGAGACUGUGCAAGCCCCUCGUGUCACCCCUCCACAGGUCAAAGAAUUGCCAGUAGAGCCUAAAAUGCCAGCAGAGCAACCACGACCACUACAGAAAGUCAAGUCACGAAGAAUCAAGUCGCGUGCGGGCAAACAGUGGCGCCAGAGUGGAGUUGCAUCACCGUCCUGGCCGAGCGACGCGCGAAACAACAGACAUUACGUAGCCGCUGUCACUCCCUCACCCGCCAGAACGCGACAGAGACAACCCCAGCCUUAUUUUCCCCCUAGCGAGCCUCGAGCAAGACCACCGUGGCGCCCUGAGCAGAGUUAUAAUUACAGGAGUCAAAUAUCAACAAAGCAGAGUGAAGGAGUGAGUACUACCCUCAAACCUCCUCCACAUCGGACUACAGAGCGAAGGGUGAGUAAUCCCGCCACCUCAACGGAGUCUAAUGAAUCCACCACGCCUACCACCACUCGUCCAGUAAGGAAAAAACGCCCGUCCCCCCGCCGCGCCCGCCAGCCACGUCCUCCAGUGCAUGAUAUUAGGAACAAUCAGGUGUCUCCACGAAUUUCUGAUGACCUCAGCAGUCAGAUCGCCGCCGUGACCUCCUUUACAUGUGCAGGUCGGCCAGCAGGUCAUCACGCUGACACGGAGGCAGGAUGCAAGGUGUUUCACGUCUGUCAAGAAGACGGAAGGAGAAACACAUUCCUGUGCCCCAAGGGGACGCUGUUCAACCAACGCCUGGUCACCUGCGAUCACCUGUACCGCGUCACCUGCCGGACCACACCAGGCACGGCCUAGUCCAGGCUUCACUACACGUCAGGGCUUACACUUAGUGACAACUUUGCAAUAUAGCCAGGUGUAGGUACUAAGCAAAAGAGAUUACAUCGACAACGACAACAACAGCAGCAGUACCAGCAGCAGCAGGCUAACAGCAAAACAACGACGGCGAUAGCAUUGAAUAUCAAUACUUUUCAACAUUAAAAAGUAAUUCAAUCACAGAGGCAAUGAGCCAUCACCAUCAACAGUAACGACAAUGUUAUCACUAUUAUGUACUACUACUGCUAUUACUACUACUACUACUACUACUACUACUACUACUACUACUACUACUACUACUUUUUUUUUUUUUUUUUAUGUUCUGGCCUAUAGCGCCUUGAAGAGUAUUGGAAGCGCUAUUAAGCUACCACCCAUUAGUGCAAAGUUUCAAGGUGGUAAGUGUGGACGUCUGCCCGUUCCCACGCUCACCACCUUAUACACUAUGCCACCGCCACUACUUCUACUAUUACUACUAGAAAAAUAACAAUAUUUUUGUAUAAAGUUAGGUUAAGUAAAAGUUUUCCUAAUGAACGUUCAAGGUGGUGAUUAAAAUAUUGUUUUUCUUAUCUGGUGUUUGUAAAUUCUUGUUUAUUUUAUUAUAUAAUGAAAAUGGUUUCCAUAGUGCAGUCACAAGUUUCUAUCUAUUUAUCAGUGUGUGUGUGUGUGUGUGUGUGUGUGUGUGUGUGUGUGUGUGUGUGUGUGCGUGCGUGCGUGCGCGCACUUACUAGAACAAGUUAAAUGCAUUGAGUGGAUGCCAUCAACAUGAAAAAUGGCGCUUGUCAUCAGCGGUAUGUGGAUGCUGGGAAGAUGUAAUAAACUUGAGGUAAGAACAUAUAACACAGUGUGAGUGUGUGUGUGUGUGUGUGUGUGUGUGUGUGCGCUUGCUCUUGCGAGCAGGAGUAUGUAGGUUUGACAGGAAUAGGGAACUGCAGCAGUUUGCCUACCUAGAGAACCUGCUGUUCAUUUGUGCCCUGAGGCGACUGCAAAAGUUGAAGUCAUUUGUUGGUACCAUACAAUGCAAUCCUGACCAUAGAAUUUUUCAGUAGCAACACCUGGUAACCCGAGAUGGGGAGAGAAAGAUAGCAGGCAGGCAGGCAGGCCAGCCGAGCUACGUCAGAAGCAGUUGUAGCCAAUGGCAACUAUCAUGAAAGAAGGAUGACAGAUGUCACUUUUGUUUUAAGGUAAACUGUUUCAUUAAGUAGGAAACCGACAUACCCACAUAUAUACAUACAGAUGUGAGUGGACCUAUUUGUUGGUGUAUGAUAUAUAAUGGCAUUUUUAUAUUUCUUGUUGAAUCAGACAAAUUUUUGUUACCAAACACGUCCAGUGCAGAGUGGUCGGUGGG